GGCAUCCCUGACGACAGAUUCAGUUCAGAGUGACGUGAGUAAAUCAAAUAAUAAUCUUUGCCGGUACGGUACACGAUUUUGAUCCUGAUAAAUAUUAAAGUUAUUUGAGAGAUAUUCUUUAAUUCGUUAAUAAUAAUUUGUUAAGUGUCAUAAUGAAUAUGUUGACAAAAGUUUUCCGUGCGCGACCGGUGCAGCAGCUAUCAUUGGCAAUGGCUUCAACUAAAAACAUCGUCGGCAAGCGAGAUUUUACCAGAACACUUUGGUACAUGUGCCGCACAGAAAACUUGAAUGGAAUGCAAUCUGCCCAUACGAAGGAGUUCCUGAAACCCACCAUUAGCUGUUCUUGUGGAUGUGCCGGUUCUAAGCAUGUGCAUACCAAAGGCGAGCGUGAACUUGUAGAAUUCUUGACCGAAGAAAUCGUUGCCGAGAAAAAAUCUCAAAAGAAAAAAACUCUUCCUACGGAUAUCGAUGGGUUCAAAGUCAAACUUAAUGGGGCAGAUGUGGAGCUAAUUAAGCAAAAUGAUAAAGAAAAAAUUGUUGUAUCCUUCAACGUGAACCAUACAGUCGAUGCUGAAGAUGAAGCGGAAGUCGAUCCCAAUGCAGACAAGCCAGAAUUUGCGGAAAUGAGGAGCAAACCGCAGUUUGAAGUAGAUGUCGUGAAGGGAUCCCAAACCCUUAGUUUCACUUGCUCGUUCCUCCAGGGCGAAGCGCAAGAAGGAGAAUACAAUGAUGUAUUUGGUAUCGAUGAGAUUACUCUGUUCGAAGGAGAAUGGAACGAUAAAGUAUAUGCAGUAGCUGGCGAUGUAUUGGAUGGAUAUCUUUAUGACCUGCUAAUGAACGUCCUCGAAGAAAAAGGUGUCAGCAACGAAUUUGCCGAAAAACUCUCUGACUUCAGUACAGCAUAUGAACACACAGCCUACAUAAGCUUACUGGAGGGUAUUUCAAAAUUCACCAUCGAGAAGAAAUAAACUUACACUUUGUGUGGCAUUUUAGGGUAAUAAAACAACCUUCGUAACUUUAAUAUACAAAA